AUGUCUUCUACCACAAAAGCUACAGAUAAACUCAUCGUCUUUGACACAACCCUUCGUGACGGUGAACAAUCUCCAGGUGUCACUUUAAACACUGAAGAAAAAAUCGAAAUUGCAAAGCAACUUUCUCGUUUGGGUGUAGAUGUUCUUGAAGCAGGUUUCCCAGUCGCUUCUGUCGGUGAUUUUGAAGCUGUCAAACGAAUUGCGACUGAAGUAGGCCCUAUGAUGGAAGGAAGAGAAAAGAUCGGUCAGCCUAUGACCAUUUGUGGUCUUGCUCGUGCUACUCCUAGCGACAUCAAACGCUGUGCCGAGGCCAUUGCGAAUGCACCUCGUAGACGUAUUCAUAUCUUCCUUGCUACAUCAGAUCUUCAUCUUAAGUACAAGCUCAAAAUCGACCGAGAUGAAUGUGUUAAACGUGCAGUGGCUGCAGUAAGCUUUGCUCGAACUCUUGUAGACGACAUUGAAUUUUCACCUGAAGACGCUGGACGAUCUGAUCCUGAUUUCCUUUGUCACGUACUUGGCAAAGUGAUUGAAGCCGGAGCGACUACACUCAAUAUUCCUGAUACAGUGGGAUACAACACACCUGAAGAAUAUGGUAACCUUAUCAAGUAUCUUGUGGCCAAUACACCCGGCGCCGAUAAGGCCGUCUUUUCUACACACUGUCACAAUGAUCUCGGUUUGGCUACUGCAAACACCUUGGCUGGUAUUUCCAAUGGUGCAAGGCAAGUUGAAGUGACCAUCAACGGUAUUGGUGAGCGAGCAGGAAAUACAUCUAUGGAAGAGGUAGUCAUGGCCAUUCACACACAUCCCAAUUAUUAUCCUGUAUAUCAUACCAUCAACACAACCUUAUUUUACCGUAUCUCACAGAUGGUUUCUUCUCUCUCUGGUAUGAUCGUUCAGCCCAAUAAGGCUAUCGUUGGUCGAAAUGCAUUCCUCCAUGAAUCUGGUAUCCAUCAGGAUGGUGUUCUCAAGAACCGUCAGACUUAUGAAAUCAUCACACCAGAGACAGUAGGUGUGACUGAUAUCAACCUCGUUCUUGGUAAACACUCUGGCCGUAAUGCCUUCCGUGAGCGCUGCAAAGAAUUGGGCUUUGUUGACAUCAAAGACGACGAAUUCCAAAAGGCAUUUGAUGCCUUCAAGGCUCUUUGUGACAGAAAGAAGAACGUAAACGAUGCAGAUAUCUUGGCCAUUCUUAGCAACCAGAUCAGUGACAGUGUGACACAUGCCUUCUAUACUCUCGUUUCCACUCAAGUGGUAGCAGGCGCUAAUAUCACCUCUAUGGCUAAUGUUAAAUUAUAUGAUAUCAAGGCUGACAGAGAAAUCAGUGACGCAGCCAUCAGCGUAAACGGUCCUGUUGAUGCCAUCUUUGAAGCAAUUCAACGUUCAAUAGGCCGCCGCUUCCUUCUUACCAAGUUUGACAUUAGUGCAGUAGGAGAAGGCACUGACGCUCUUGGCAAAGCCGAAAUCCAGAUCAAAGUAGAUACAGAAGCUGGCCCAAUUAAGGAUGAGCGCCUUGCCAAGGCUGCUUUCAGUCAAAGCUCUGCUGAUGUAGAUAUCAUUACAGCCACAGCCAAGGCAUACGUCGGUGCUAUUAAUAAGCAGCUUGUUUGGGAACAUGAAUUAUCUGCUGGAACUGCUCGUAGCACCACUGCAGAACGACAUAUCGACCUUUAA